AUGGUUCGUCGAAAGCAAACCAAAAGACUCCCAGGAAAAGGUCCACCAUUAGGACAUCUAGCUAAUCAAGCAAAUGAAAUUGAGGAAGAACUUGAACCGGAAGGUGAACAAGUGAUUCGGCGUAACAGUCGCAAGAACAACCCUGAGUCUGCCAUGGGACCGAUUCGCAGUGGCAAAGGUAAGAAAUCCAACCAACCAUUACCGGAAGAUUUUAUAACUCCCACGCCUCGAGGGAAAGUACAUUGUGAUGUCGGUAAGCGUGCAACCAAAAAUGCUAAGUAUAGACGCGUGUCAUUACCGGGUGUUGUCAUCCAAGACGAUGUCAAUAGAUAUAAUGUUGACAAUGUGAUACAACAAGUUAAUGAAGAAAUUGUGGAAGGCAUGGGUAAUCAAGAAGAUAAUCAAGGAGGAGAAGAGGAACCAGUUGAAGUCAUGGAUGAGGAAGGUAAGGAUAAGGAUGGAGACAAUGAAGAUGAAGAAGCAGAAGACGACUCGGAUGAAGAGGAAUUUGAAAAGGAAGAAGUAAAGAAAAAACCUAGAAAGGCGGCUAAAAAACCUUGUGCUAGAUAA